CGUCGCUUUGCCGAUCAAAAGAAUUGGAAGUGUAAUUUUUUUCAAUUUAUCUCUUCUAUAGUUAACGCAAUCGUCUAUUUCGCCUUCUAUUUCGGCAAACAAGUGUAUAAGUUAUACCUUGUGAGUUUAACAAGUGGGGAAGCUGUCAAGUUUCCAAAAUAAACGUAAUGGGUUACGGGACGGGUCGGUGUGCUGUGUCGGUGUGAUAUCAGGACUCUGUUUACAUGAGUUCGGAGCGGGGUUGUUGGUCAAAAUGCUGCCGACCGUGGAGGAGAGUCGCGGCUACGACUUCCAGGACCCAGAGAACGCGGAGAAAUGGCGCGGCUUGUUCGUCAAUUCACUACGAAAGGUGCUGGAAGGCGUACACCCGACGCUAUGCGCGGAGGAGAGCGCGCUGGUGUACGUGGAGUCGCUGUGCCUCCGCCUCUUGGCCAUGCUGUGCGCCGCCCCCUCCCCGCUCUGUGUCCAGGAUGUGGAGGAGCGCGUGGCGCGGACCUUCCCGACUCCGCUGGACAAGUGGGCACUCAGCGACGCGCGGGACGCAGCCGCCAGUCGCCGCCGUCGCGCCCUGCUGCCGCUAGACAAGAUACACCACCUGCUGCAGAAGGAGGUCCUACUCUACAAAAUCGACAUGUCCGUCUCGGUCUUCAUCACAGCGAUACUGGAGUACGUGUCCGCAGACAUCCUCAAAUUGGCCGGCAACUUCGUGAAGAAGAUCUCACAGAAGUCUGGCUACGAAACCGUUACCAGCAGAGACAUUAAGACUGCCAUGUGCGCUGAUAAGGUUCUAAUGGACAUGUUCUACCAAGACUCGGAGCUGGCGCUGGCAGACAGUGGGGGAGGCAGCGAGAGGAGAAGACGGGGGUCCCUCACGUACGCUGAGCUGGUGAGAGACCUCCUCACCGACGAGAGACACUUCCUCAGAGAGCUGAACCUGAUCAUCCGCGUGUUCAAAGACGAACUAGAGAAGAUACUGGAUAAAGAUAGUCGGGCAAUAACGUUGAUAUUCGGUAACAUUGUGGACAUCUAUGAGUUGACGGUGACUCUCCUGGGUAAUCUGGAGGACGCCUGCGAGAUGGCCCAGGACUCGCCCACGCCAUACAUCGGCAGUUGCUUCGAAGAAUUAGCGGAGGUGGAAGAGUUCCGAGCGUACGUACGUUACGCAAACAUCGUGACGAGGAAGGAGUCAAGGGACGCUUUGCAGAAUAUAGUGGACGAUCCACUUCUGGGCGAGCGGCUGGAGACGGCGGGGCACGGGUUCCGGCUGGCGGUGAAGUACGUGCUGCCGCGGCUGCUGCUGGCGCCGCUGGCGCACGUGUUCCUGGUGCACUCGUACGUGCUGGCGCUGCUGCAGAUUGCGCCCGCGCACGACGACCGCGAGAGCUUCAAGCAGGUGGAAUGUAAUCUACAUCCAAUAAAAAAAUUGUUAAUGAAAGCUUUAGGGAAUGGUCCAAAGAUGGAUGCAACGUUGAGAAUGGCGACGCGUGCCAGAAGACAAUUGGCGAUAGAAAAAUGUAACGAAUUGGCGAGGUUGGUUGACAAUUGGGACAACAAGGACAUUGGGCAGUGCUGUAACGAGUUUAUUAGAGAGGACACGUUAUCAAAGAUCGGCCCGGGAAAGCGGAUAGCGGAAAGAAGAGCGUAUUUAUUUGACGGCCUGCUACUGCUCUGCAAGCCUGUCACAAGUUUGGUGGGAGUCAACAGUGGUAACUUGACGGGCCCAGGCGGCGCGCAACAACUCAAACUGAAGGAGAAACUGCAUGUUAGGAAAUUAGAACUAGUCGACAGACCAGACACUGAUGAGGGCAGACAUAUGUUGGAGCUGUGCCCACGCGUGGGCCCGCCCGUGGUGCUGGCGUGCGCGUCCUGCGCUGAGAAGAGGAACUGGAUGUGCGACCUCGUCAUGCUGAACACCAAGCCCAUGCUGGACAGGAGUCUGGACAGCAUCCUCCUAGACCUGGAGAGGCGGCACCCCCUCCAGCUGCCCCCGGAGAGCCUGUACCGGUUCGCGGCCCCGGACAGUCCCAACAACAUCGUGUUAGAAGAACGGUCCGGGAACACUGGCGCUCCACUCAUUAAGGGCGCGACCCUCCUGAAGUUAGUGGAGCGUCUCACGUACCACAUCUACGCGGACCUCAACCUGGUGCGGACCUUCCUCACCACGUACCGGUCGUUCUGCAGCCCCCACGAGCUGCUGGCGCUGCUGGUGGAAAGGUUCCGCAUGCCGGAGCCCAGCGAGGUCUACACCAACAGGCAGGAAGAGAGUAUAGAGUGUGUCAGCAGUGACGUUGAGAAGCUCAGCAAGAACACAGCGAGAGAGGACUGGAAGAGAUACCGCAAGGAGUUUCAGCAACCAGUUAAAUUCAGAGUAAUAAACGUGCUCCGACACUGGGUUGACCAGCACUUCUACGACUUCGAGCGCGACCCGGCGCUGCUCGAGAAGCUGCGAGAGUUCUUAGAGUCUGUGGACGGCAAGCCCAUGAGGAAGUGGGUCCAGAGCGUGCUCAAGACUCUGCAGAGGAAGAGCGGCCAGAUGGAGCUAGAAUGCUCCGGCGGCGUGUCGCACGUGUUCGACCGGUCCCCGCCGGCGGUGUUCAAGCACGUGGCCGACCCCGACCGGUGCGGGUGGCACCCGCUGGCGCUGCACCCGCUGGAACUGGCGAGACAACUCACACUGCUCGAGUUCCAGCUUUAUAGACAGGUCAAACCAUCAGAGCUGGUGGGCGCUGUGUGGACCAAGAAGGACAAGGAGAAGACCAGCCCGAACCUGCUCAAGAUCAUCAAACAUACCACCAAUUUUACCCGUUGGAUGGAGAAAUGGAUAGUGGAAAGCGAGAACAUAGAGGAGCGUGUGGGAGUGGUCUGUCGCCUGCUGGAGCUGUGCGUGGCGCUGAGAGACCUGAACAACUUCAACGGGGUGCUGGCCGUGGUGGCUGCGCACGGGUCCGCGUCCGUGCACAGGCUGAAGACCACCUUCCAGAUGGUCCCGCUGCGGCUGAUACGUGCGCUGGAGGAGUUCCGGGAGCUGAACUCGGACCACUUCAGGCGCUACCAGGAGCGGCUGCGCAGCAUCAACCCGCCCUGCGUGCCAUUCUUCGGGAUGUACCUGACCAACAUACUGCACAUCGAGGAGGGGAACUUGGACUACCUGCCGAACACGGAACUGAUAAACUUCUCGAAGCGGAGAAAAGUGGCGGAGAUCACGGGCGAGAUACAGCAGUACCAGAACCAGCCGUACUGCCUCACUGUCGAGCCCAGGACAAGGGCGUUCCUCGAAGCCCUGGAUCCUUUUCCCGGUAUGAGUGACAACGAGAUAACGAACUACCUAUACGCCAAGAGCCUGGAGAUCGAACCCCGGCCGCCUGUGAAACAGAUGCCCAAAUUCCCGAGAAAGUAUCCCGACCUGUCGUUGAAGCAAGUGAAGGUAUCAAGGAGAACUCACCAAGACACACCCGCUCACCAUUCUACCUCAAGCAACGACGAUAAUCUGAGUGUAUCGCAGCUGUCGCCGACAAGCGGCAGCACGUGGGACGGACAGUCAGUCGCGUCGCUACCCAUUCACCACGACGACCAUAGAGGGUCCAGGUCGGAGGAGCGCGGCUCGCUGGUGAGCCCGCGGCUGGAGCGCUGCGCUAGCAGCUCCUUCAGCCAGUUCAGCUUGCUGGACAAGGGGCUCGCGCUCUUCGACAAGACCAAGUCCACCGCCUCGCUCAGUGCCAAAAGCAGUACAAAAGAGGAGCCUGCGUCGCCGCGAGACCGGCAUUCUCCGCGACACGACAGGCCGCAGCCGCCGCAGGGCGAGAGGAAGGCGCUGUCCCCGCGCGGCGCCAUCGUCGACGCGGAACUGUUCUACUCUAGGAGCGUCGACCACCUCACGCGGAGGCAGGAUCAGGAGCGCGUGCCCCCCCUGCUGCCGCGCAGCAGCGUGGUGUCCACCGGCAGCGCGUGCGACACCGACCGCCCCCCUGUCUUACCCCGACGGGACGCACCGCACAAUGCAUCAAGUGAACCGAGCGAGGCCGCGCCGGGGGGGCCGCCUGCGCCUCCUGAGCGACCGCUGCCGAGCCCCAAACACCACGAACUAUUCAGAAUGACAGCCGUGUCUCCGAAGAGGUCCCCCGCGCCCCAGCCGCCUGCCAGCCCCUUAGUAACUACAGAUAGGACGAGUGCGUUCAACUUCCCCGUGUCGCCGGCCGCGCCGCCGCUGACGCCGCAUCCGCCCCCGCCAAGUAAAUGCGGCACGCCUCCUCCGCUGCCGCCUCGAAGAAGAAAAGAUUCCAUAGCGCCGCCCACCCCCGUACACCAGCCCCUGAGCGGUGGCAGUGGCGGCGUGUCCCCGUGCGCGGGCGCUCCGCCCCCGCUGCCGCCGCGGCCCGCGCCCGCGCCCGAGCUGCUGCGGCCCGCGCACUCCACCAUCCUGCAGCGGAGGCAUCACACUACCAACAACACGGUGGCGUCCCCGGGCCCGCGGCUGCCGCCCAAGCCGUGCCCGCUGCUGGCGCCGCGCCCCUGACACCAGCCCCCCGCCACCACGCCGGGUACCAGCACCGGUCCCAGCUGCACGGCGCCGCUGUCGGCCGCGGCCGCCGGCUGCACGGUGCACGCCACGCGCGUCGACCUCGACACCGUCGACAUAUACUACACCUGCGACACUCUGUGACUCUUUAACCGACUGCAAAAAAGGUGGUACUACGUUGUAUGUUCAGUCAGUGUUCUGUUACUCCCAUUUAGCUGCGCGCGUUUAGUGAAUGGAAAUAAACGUGAAAGUAUUCUUGUGGUUUGAAAAUGUGGCAACGAAAAUCUUACCGCAGGAGGAGCUUCAGAAUCGUACCGUCAAGAUAACAAGCAAGCACCCAAAAAAGCACCCAACCAAGCAAGCUUUAUAUACCGCUACGGCCUUUAUUGCUGUGAUGUAAAGGUAUUAACCUGCGCGCGCCUUGUUACUUACAGUCAUGAGCAAUAUCAUGUACCCACUUUAGAACCCUGUCGCACUAUCAUAUUUGACAUUUAAUGAGACUUACGGUUUAAUUUGUCAUAAAAAGUUCAUGUGACAUGGUUUCAAAGUGUAUCAUAUUAGUACUCGUGACCAUACAUUGGCAAGACUUAUUUACGAAACGGCAUAAGUGGCUGAGCACAGACAAAUAGCGACUUAAAAUCAGUAACAUUAACGUGUUUUUAGAAAUUUUGUUGUACGAUUCGCUACUGCAAUUGGGAACUUGACAGUUUAAAAUACAAAUUCUUACUUUAUACAUCUUAAAAUGUGUUAUUUUCUCGAAAUAGAUAGAUAGUUAAAAUACUUUAUUGAGAUUUGAAAUAGCUUUAUUAAUAGAAAAAUACAUUUUCUUUUCAUCAAUUUCAAAUUUCGUUCGAAAACGGUUGGUCACGUGACAUUUCGCCCGGUGACGUCACAUUUCAACAAACAAAGAAACUGUCAAACAGUAUAACUUGAGGCUUUUUGGCGGGAAACGGGAACGGGACAGUUGCUUUCUUCAUUGAAUAAUCUAAAUAAUUAGUACGAAGUGGUGUUUUGUGGUUAAUGAUCGCAUUAAGUUAGUCAGAAGACAUUCGCGAGUGUUAUUUUAUCGGAGUAUUCAAUAAACAAAGUGUAUCUGCCUAUUUUCGCUUCGUGCUAGGAAGCCGCUUCAUAACUCGAAAGUUUAUGCGGACUUUUGAGUUAAUUCGUUUGGGGUUCGGAGCAGGAGUCUGCUCCGAGGGUGGGGGCUUAGGUUUCAUCAUCAUCACCUUUCAUCAUUUCAUUAAUAUCAAGAAAAAAAUACGCAAGACAUGGCUGUAUAGGCAUAGUUCCCUUUGCCUUACCCUUCGGGGAAAACCAAGUAUAACUUAAAACCUGACAGAUAGGUUUUGUUUACUUUGUGGAAUGUGACGUCACACGAAAAUCAAUCAUGGCUGCCCGUGUUUCGGGUGUUGUAAUACACAGAUAAAAAAUAGCAUUCUAAUUUUGUAAAAAAAAAAUAAUAUUUGAAAAUGAUCUUAAUAAAAUGAUAAAUCGCAAAGUAAUAAAUUGACUGGUUGCACUUAAGACCUCCUGGUUACAUGUCGUUUCUGUAAUAGACCAAAACACCUACAGAACAUUACAAAACAUUAAUUUUUAAACUAUGACAACUAAUGGUUCGUAGUUUCACCACUGUUUACAAAUUCGCUGGGCUCAGUGACUGAACUUUUUUUUGUACAGUGACUGUAAUCAACGUGUAGUGUCUGUGGAAAACAAGGUGUUUUGUAUGAAGUGUGCGGUGUGUGCCUCUGCAGACGGAAUCAAGCCUUGGCCCCGAUUCCUGCAGACACCUCCUAAUUUUACUUUAAAUUAUACCUGUCAUUUUCCUAUCCGCCGAAAAGGAAAGGGACGGAUGAUUCACAGCUCUUAAUUUUAGGAAGAAUGAGUAAAUGAAUGAAUAACCCGGGCGAAUCAAAUAGGUAUCUCGCUGGUAUGCAAACCGUUUGACGUGUGCUGUCAACAUAAUUCUGGUGAGUUAUUGGCCAAUGUAAAACUUUUAGACGGUUGUUUUAGAUUUGUUUUUAAAGAUGACGUGUGUUCCAUAAAUUUUAUGCUUGUCGAUUAUCCGUCCCUUUCCUUUUCGGCGGAUAAGAAAAUGACAGAUAUAACUUAAAAUAAAAUUAGAUGGUGUUUACAGGAAUUAGCGCCAAUGAUUGAGUUAAUAUAUUAGAAACUUACAAUUGUAAAUUACAAUGACAAUUUGAUGUACAUUGCGGAGUUUGUGAUCACGAAUAUUUUACAGUUUCAAUUUAGCUACGUAAUGAACACCAAAUUGUUGUAAUUUACAUUUGUAAGUUUUAUUAAACAGGCCCCAGGUGUUAAUGAAUGUUUAAAGCGCAUAAUAAAGGGUUCUUAUCGCGUUUAAAUGGGGAUAUGAGACUCCCGAUAUUUUCUUUCUCAUAUCCCUAUUUUGAACGCGGUAAGAACCCGUUAUUAUGUGCUUUAAUUAUGAUAAUGGUGCUAAUUCCUGUAAAUACCAUCUAAUUUUAUUUUAAGUUAUAUCUGUAAUUUUCUGAUCCGCCGAAAAGGAAAGGGACGGGUAAUCGACAAGCAUAAAAUUUAUGGAACACACGUCAAUUUUAAGCACAAAUCUAAACCAACCGUCUAAAAAUUUUACAUCAGUCAAUAACCCGACACAGUUAAGUAGACAAACGUCAAACGGAUUGCAUACCAGGGACGUACCUUUUUGAUUCGCUCGGGUUAUUCAUUCAUUUACUCAUUCUUCCUAAAAUUAAGAGCUGUGAAUCAUCCGUCCCUUUCCUUUUCGACGGAUAUGAAAAUGACGGAUAUAACUUAAAAUAAAAUUAGGCGGUGUCUGCAGGAAUCGGGGCCAAUAUCCUCGUAAACUUAAAACAAUGUAUAGUUAAUGAAUGUUGGUCUAAAUCAACACUAUUGAAGCAUUAAAAGAUUAAUUUAAUGUUAACAAAGGGGAUAAUGUACAAAAUAAUCUUCCAGUUUUAUGUUCAAAAGGCCGUAACAUGGCCUAAGGCGCUUAGAUAAAUAAGGAAAUAUGGUCUAAUUUUACACAUACAGUCAUGAGCAAUAUAAUGUACCCACUUUAGGACUCUGUCGCACUAACAUAUUUGACAUUUAGUGAGACUUACAGUUCAAUUUGUCUGAAAAGUUAAUGUGACAUGGUGCCAAAGUGUAAACAUAUUAAUGCUCGUGCCCCAGCAGUGGGGACGUUAAUGGGCUGGUGAUGAUGAUUAAAAAAUGUCCAGCUCACCAAAUCGAGGCAAAGUCCCCAGAUUACUGGCCACGUUGCCUCUCUGCACCUCCACGCUGACCCUUUGGGCAAAAUAACUGCCAGCUCUAGGGUCGGAAGUUGCCUCGAUGAGGCGAGCUGAAAUCGUCUUUAAAAACUGAUGUGCUUCUGGACCCCAUGGGCCCAACGUUUCUACAGCACGAGGCAAGAAAAAAUACCGACGUUCUCUGACGUUCAGACUAAGAAACUACUAAAUGAAUUAUCACGCGCAUUUUACGGGUAUAAAUUCUGCAUAGUGCAAAGACGAAAAUUGUACAAAUUGACCUCAGCCGAAGGUCCGGUCGUUAGUGUUAAAUUAGACCUUGUUUCUAAUAUGAAUAUGAAUAAGACUCAUAAUAAUGUUAAUAUGAUUACGCAGAUGAUAAAAUGAUACAUGAAAUGUAAUUAUACAUAAUGUUUUUUGUUUAUAUAGCACUAUACCGUGCUUAAGGAAACUCGCAAAGAGAAAGUUUAAAUCGAAAAAAAUCUGACUCGGACGGGACUUGAACCCGUAGCUCUUGUCAAGCCUGGACGAGCGUGUAAACCAUUACGCCACCGGGUCCUCCUGUCCAUGCGAAAUUCUUUCGAUAUAUCUAUCAAAAUGUGCGUAAGAAAUGUUAGUAAUCAAUAUUCUAGAUAGGACAGAGAGAGACUCGAGGUCUUUGAAAUGUGGUGUUGGAGGAGGAUGGAAAGAAUAAGUUGGACUGAAAGAGUUACUAAUGAGGAAGUGUUAGUAAGAGUAAGGGAAAAGAGACAAAUACUGAGAAUUAUUGAGGACACAACGAUCGUCCCGGCUUGACAAGAGCUGCGGGUUCAAGUACCGUGCGAGUCAGAAUUUUUUAGAUUUUAAUUUUCUCUUUGUAAAAUUAUAAAUAAUAAUUAUUAAGUUUAUAUUAAUUGUAAAUAUUGUAUAUAAGUGAUGAGCAUAUGUCCUUUAAGAUGCCAUAUAAUGAUUAUAUUAUUAUUAUAAAGAAAUAAACAUACAUGCGUAAGAUCACUCCUAUUUCCCGUUUGGGGUAGGCACAGCACAACUUUUACUUCGCUCCUGACACACUUUGCUUCUUCCACUGUCAUUAAAAACUUCAAGCGUGCUCACUGAUGAUAAUAAACGAAUAAAUGAUUUCAUUUCAAGUUUCAAAUUCGUUUCAUAUUUGUGAUGUACGAAAACUUUGAGGGAUGAUUCAGACCAUGAUUCUGAGUUGAUAUCAAGUGGAAUUUUCCAUCGUUAAGUAUAGAAUUGAAAAUAAUUUAGGAAAACAAAAAAAGUUAUGAAUUUUGCGACGAAAAUUCUACUUGAUAUCAACUCAGAAUCAUGGUCUGAAUCAUCCCUCUCAGUGUUCGUUACGAUGUCAAUUACACCCUGUAUAGUCACAUGAGCCAUGUCAGGGGCCUUUGGCAGAUCAAUAAUAACCCUGAUGCCAGGGUUGAUGAGGUUGGUAAUCCACUUAACAACCCAUACGAUAGAUGAAUAUUCAAAAAUACUUUAAACCGGCGGGCAUACAGCAUAACUGAUGUGUGAAGAAGUGAAAGUGUGUCUUGUCGUCAUAAGUAGUAUUUGCUCUGCCUACCCCAAACGGAAAAUAAGCGUGAACCUAUGUACAGUCAUGAGCAAUAUAAUGUACCCACUUUAGGACUCUGUCGCACUAACAUAUUUGACAUUUAGUGAGAGUUACUGUUCAAUUUGUCAAAAAAGUUAAUGUGACAUGGUACCAAAGUGUAUACAUAUUAAUGCUCGUGACCGUGCGUGUGUAAAUAUACCUAUAUUCACGCAAAUACCCCCAUUCCGGGCAGGAGGCAUCAAUUUGUGACUGUCUACCCUGUUAGGGGUUAUAAGCGCGUGUUUACGUACAUGUUAAGUAUUCGUACUGUUUUAUAAAUGACAAUGGAAAUAAAAUAUUUUGAACUAGGUACUAUUAACAAUUUGACGACAAUGCAAUACUGUUAGUAAAAAGGAUGGUGUAAGAAAAUCAGGUAUGCUCAAUCCUAUGACAAGCCGCCAUUGCUAGCCCUUUGAUGACGUAAGUGUUACCAUUAAAUUGGCAUCUCCAACAUUCCAAGGAUGUAAAUUUUAUUAUUGAAAAUUAAGUGAAUCACUGACUUAUGUAUUUAAUUACUAUUAAAAUCUAAAAAUCAUAGAAACUGUAAGUAAAUCUUUUACUAAAAGUACAAAAUUUGCUUGCAAAGUAAUAAAAACAUUGGUCGUGGGUAAUUUAUUUUUUACGAAAUGGCAACACAGGGUGGGAUGACGUCAGCUGGGCUAACCUUGAAAUGUUAGCUGUCACUUUUGAGCAUACCUGGUUUUCUUAUACCAUGAGUAAAUAUGAAAAAUUGUAUAUUAUAUUCGAGAGGUGGAAUGUCUGUUAUAUUCAGUGAUGCGCACCCUGGCACCGACCCCGCCGGCGUGGUCGACGAUAUCCCUCAUUCAGCGUGUCAGCGCGUUUAUCGCUAUCGGCAUGCUGCGGUCGAUUAUUCCUUCAGAUCCCCUCAGACGAAGCCCUGAGUGGGUAUCUACGCUUCACCGAGCCUUCUGUUCAGUUAUUCCCAUUUUCGAAAGUAAAAAGUAAAAAACCAGGAAACUUAUGUAAAAAGAACUUUAUUACCUAACCCGUAGGCAGAUAAGACCAGAGAAAGAACAAUUCGAAAAAUAAAAGCAGCUAUCAGUCCUUACUAUUAACAUUUUCAGCGCCAAGAGUUUUGAUCAAAAACGUUCACCACACGCCACGACAUUAAACAUGGUUGAUUUACUAGUGUUAAUGGCAAUAUUGAAUAUCGAUGCUUUAAUUUGAAGUAAAUAAAUCAUUUCAGAAAUAUAUCUAUAUAGUUAUUUUUAAGUUUUGUGGGUUUUAUUUUAUUUUAUUUUUAUAUACUCCUUGAAACAUUUUAAAAUGUAUUAAAAUGUCAAUAGUCUAUAAAUACAGUGAACAAUCACACAAGUAAUUAUGAUAUUAGUUGCAUCACUACGUGUCUGUUAUAUCAGACAUUGGCGCUGAGGAUUCAAGUAAAAAAAUCGUCGGAAAUAACUUAUAAAUAUGGUUUGUUUUUAAUGAUUUAUUAUUUAAAUAACAUUGUAAUACAUUGUGAUAUUGAUAUUUUUCAAAUAACUAAACUAUAAACUGUCUGAAAAAACGAAUGCAUGUGUCCUUAGAUAUUAUAACGAUAAGAAAAAAUACAGUUAAAUUGGUAAAAAAUAUUUGUCGGAUAUAUCAGACUGGCGGUGAAAGUGUUAAAAGAGUUUUUACAACGGGAAAAUUCCCACUCUGGGAACAUUCUCGGCUCCGGCACAUCGUUGGUUAUAUUGUAAUAUAAAUAAUUAGAAUUCGAUUCAAAGACGCUUUAUUAAAUCAAUCAAACAUUAAUUCUUUAUUGCAUAAAUAUACAAGUAAAUAACCAAGCCUCACGGCAAUGGAUACUGUCAAGCACUAGUCGGACUCUCGCACUGAUAAUUAUGCGCUAUUAAUACUGUAUUUGUUAAUACUAUGUUUUAUAUUUGUAUUAGCAAUAUAACAGACAUUUCAAAUUUUAGUGUAGAUUUCUGUGGACAGAAUUACAUUUUAGUUGGAUAGUUCUAAAGUUAACUCUAUUACUAUGACAGCACAAUAUAAUACUACGUUAUAGUACUCCGCUCCCCACCAGCGGCUGAGCUAGGUUUACCUCACCCCCUCCCGGUCAUACUUCAGUCUUCCAUCGAAUGGGCAUCAGAUGUCACACACACAGAUGCGCGUGUACGAUAACGUCAAUGUGUAGUGUCUGUGUAAAACGAGGUGUUUUGACUAAUUGGAAUCUUUGACCUUGGAUGCUACCCAAUUAGAACUGUCAAAUUAAUAAAAAAAUUAAAUAAUUUGUGUCCGCAUAAAUCGACACUUCAAAUUAUAAGUGACAAGUCUUCGUUGUAUAGAAAGUUGUAUGAAGUAUUUUUGAAUAAUAAUGCUAUUUGAACAACCGUUUUGGACAUUUCGUACCGCACAAAUCAAAUUUAUAUAUAUAAAAAUAUAUAAUUUAUUUUUAUAUAUGCAAAUUUAUAUAUGUUUAAAUUGAUAUGUACAGGUUAGUGACACCGUAACGAAUACUGACGGGGAUGAUUCAGGCCAUGAUUCUGAUUUGAUAUCAAGUGGAAUUUCCUGUCGGAAAAUUCAUGGAAAUUUUAGUAUUUUUUAAAAAUUAAUUUCUGUUCCAUAUUUGAUAUCAACUGAGAAUUAUGGUCUGAAUCAACCCUCGAAAGUUUUCGUUACGAUGUCACUAACACCCUGAAUAUAAAAUAUCUCAGAAAAGUGCUAGGACUUUCAAAUUAGUUUGCACGGAAGUUCCUUUUAGGACGUAGGUGUUCAUUAAGACGGGAUUUCGCGAAAUUCAACCCCUAAGGGGGUAAAAAGGGGUGGAAAAGUUUGUAUGAAACUUCUAUAGUUUUGAUACUAGGGUUAACCGCUAGCAUGAUAAAGUAUAAUUGUGUAAAUAAUUAAAAAAAUCAGAUCUAUAUAUUAUGAUUAAAAUGUUAAUUGGCAACAUCGAAGGUUGUUCCUAUUAAUUAAGUGUGGCAAUACCGGUUAUAUUAUAAUUCUAACACUGGUCACACUGGUGGCAUUAGCUUACGACAUCGUAUCAACAGUGGCUGCAAGUUGUCUUUGAUUACUUGUGGCUCUGCCCACCCCAUUAGGGAUUACGGGCGUAAGUUUAUGUAUGUCUAACACUUAACACAACAUCCCACUGCUGGGCACGGGCAUAGAAUAAUGAAUAUUGCUACGUAUAGACCGGUAACGAUUGAGGAGCUCGGUGGCUCGGUGAUGAUAUGAUGAUAAUACCGGGUUUUAGGGAUAUGACCCGGUACUAUCAUCAUCAUGAUGAUGAAACCCGGUAUUAUAUGUUUUAUUUAUGAUAAUAACCGCGUAAACCUCAAAAAAUAUUUUGUUUAUAUAUAAGAAAUGUCCAAAACGAUUGUUUUCAAUAGACAAACAAUGUUAGAUAUAAGGAAAGACCACCUGUACAUAGAUAUAGGUAUAUGAUGUACAUAUGUAGUGUAAAAAUAGCGAUUCAUAUUAUAUACACAGUUAUAA